AUGGGCAGAGAGAUAUUGGCAAUGGUUUUAGAUCAUUUCAGAACAACUUCGAAGGAUGAGGUAUUGUUCAAUGCCAGCCACAUCUACAAGUUGCAGUAUCGUGGUGACAAAGAGAUGGAUAAGUUCCUCCAUGCCUGGAUUGAGAUCAUCGCCAACAUGAAAGCUGAGGACAUUCCAUCUGACAACACACUGCGUGAUCAUCUGCUGAGGAAGAUUGAUGGUUCCCAGGCAUUGCACGUCGACCUCACGAUCUUCAAGGGAAGAGACAAUGAUGACAAGAAGAAAUCGUACAGUGAACUCUUGGAGAUAAUGAGACGGCACAUAGCUCGUGCACGCGAAGAUCGCAAUAUCGCGGCCAGGGACAAGUUUGCCACGGACUACACCAACCUGGGUAAGCCUUCUACCCCAGCUCCGAAGCCGACGGCUCCGGCGCCUACGCCGAAAGAUGGGAAGGGUGGAAAACCGAGUGCUCCAGCACCCAAGGGCAAACCUGGAGCUCCUGUUCUACCUUCCGGCAAUCCCAAGAGCCAUGGCAAGGGGAAAGGCAAGGGUGGCAAACGAUCGAGAUCACCUUCCACACGAGACAAAGGUGGAAAAGGUGGAAAAGGCAAGAACAGCAGAUCGGCUACUCCAAGAAGAUCGCAGACUCCUGGUGGAAAGAAGGAUCGACAUUGCUAUGGUUGGUUAAAGGGCGAUUGUCAGAAAGGUGACAAAUGUACCUUCAAGCAUGACCCAAGCAUGAAGGGCAAGAGAGCGGCGCCUUCUACAAAGACGCCCGACGCCAAAGCUACUCCGGCAUUAGUCCGUGAGUACGAUGACGAUUUCAUCGUGAACGCAGUGCCUAUCGAGAAGAAGAACAAGAUGGAUGUCAAGUUCAAUGACAAGGUGGAAACCAUCGUGUAUGUGAAGCCCGAUUUUGUGGAAUGUUCCAACAGGAAGCCAAAGAGAAACAUGUCCAGAGCUCAGAAGAAGUCAUUGACGUGCAGAACAACUAAAGAGAUCAUGGAUGACCAACAAUGGGUACUACAAUCCAAGUUGGGAAUGACAAGAGCACGGGCAAUUGGCAUACUGAUGGACGACUAUGGUGAAUUUUCUGAUGUCGAUGAAGUACACAUCAUCCUGGGACCCAAGAAUGAUAUCAAGCUCAAAAUCAACAACAUUGAUUUCUUGGAGAGCAACUCACGAGCUGAGAUAUGCUAUGAGGAAGUGAUUCCUCAUGUUCCAGGACAAUAUGGUCGUCGUGACAACGUCAUGUGCAUCACUAUGCCGAUCGAGCUCAAGGACCGACGUUUCAUCAUGGACUCUGGCAGUGGUCACGAUCUUAUCUCAUCUACGAGAGUGGAUAGGAUGGACAUCGACACCUACCAGAGUGAUCGAGUUAACUUCCACACUGCAAAUGGCAUCACGUCAACAACUACGAUGGUGGAUUUGGACUUCGACACGUCCAAUGAUCCUGCAAGGGCUCAUGUGUUGGAAGAUACCCCAUCUGUUUUGUCAUUGGGAAAACGAUGCAUGGAGCAAGGCUACACCUUUGUAUGGCCUAGCGGAAGAGAACCCUACAUGAUCAACUCCGAGGGUGGCAAGAUCAAGAUGGAAGUUCAUGAUCUCAUCCCAUAUGUCUACCUUGGAGCCAAAGACUACAGGCCAUCGUCAGACUACGAGGCCGAGUUAGUGAUGAAAGUGUUGGGUCUCAAUGGCAACAAUCAUGCAUCAAGGACGAUCUAUCUUGAUGGUGAAAGCGGUGAUGAAAUGUCCGAAUCAGAUGAUGGAGUUGGUACGUACGUCGACGGUCCAACAAAGUCUCUGAAGAAGACGAAAAAGAAGAAGCGUUCCAAACGAAAGACGACUCCGGUAGCAGCUGGUGAAGAACUCGAUGAUGAUGAUGACUAUGAACAGUCCAUCCGCGAGGGAGAAAUGGACAUCAAACUCGACAAAGAGAAAGCUGAUGAUGUAGAAGUUGUUGAUGGUCCUCCUCUACCUCCUCCUGAUGGUGAACCUCCUUAUGAUGGGCCUGAACAUCACUCUAUGGGCAAACCUGGUGACGGCAUCAUCUACCUCAGCGACAUCGGCGAGCACGUCAAGCUCGACAAGCGUGGACGACCUUACCGUGUUGGUCCAGAUGGUCGCAAAGAAGUACGAGGGUCACCAAGGCCAAAGAGCAGUUACAGUCCUGAAGAAUGGAGAGCACUAUCUGCUAAGGAGAGAGACGUCAUCAUUCGUCGUGGAAAACUUGAAGAAGAAGCUGAGAAGCUCAAGGAGAUCAAGUUGAAGAAGGAGAAAGAAAAGAAGGCCAAGGCCGAAAUCUCCGAGAAGAAGAAACAUGAUUCAAGUUCCUCCAAAGAUCCAGCCAAAGAUGAAAGUCGGAAGAAGAAGAAAAAGGAUAAUAAGAAGUCAAAGGAGAGCUCAGGCAAAGAUGGUGGAAAGGACGCUGCUGUCAAUGUGGGGACGCUCCGAGGUCGCAACCCAUGGGAAUGUUCGCCGACACCCCAUGGAGCGAGUGACCUCGACGACAUCAAGAAGCGUGAGAAAGAUGAAUUGGCAGGAAAGUUCAGGUUUGGCAAGACCAUUUUGAUCACGGAUCUCAACUACAAGUGCCAAGCGAACUCGGGGGGAACAACGAACAUCCAGUACGGGCUCGAUGAGAUGGGAUAUGUCGUCACGGUCGUUGACAUCAACAGCUUCAAGAGCGUGACCAGAGCCCAGAAGUUCCUCGAUGCAGUCGAGCACUUGAUCAAGAGCGUGAUGCCAAACAUUACGGCCGAGGAGAAUGUGACCAUCCAUUUCUGGAUAUCAUUUGCAUUCCUCAUCACGGACACUCAUCCAUACCACGUUUGGGUUGAGAGGAACUAUGCAGAGAGGCUCGCCGAAGCGAUCCGAAGGGUCGACAAGUUGGCGACGAGACCAAUCUUUGUAUCACUCUGCAAAGAUCCAAGAUUUCAUGGCAUCCGAACGGGCAUUCAGGAAGUCGCCAUCGACUCGGCCGACAUCCUGAGAUGCGUUUCGGCCUCCAUGCCAUGCUUCGCCAAAGCUGGAUGCAACGCAACAUGCAUCGGUGUCCAAGGAUCCAAAGAGAUGGGGAGGAGACGCCUAGAUUUGAUCCUUAAGCUCUUUGCUGACGCGCUGCAAAAUCGGAGCUUGACCCUGAAGGUGCACUGCAUCGUGGUGACGGGCUACGGAAAGUCGCGACACAGCUGGAGAUCUUCGGAUGUCCAACAGGCGGCCCUGGAGGUGUUGAAGAACUUGGAGCUGGAGGCACAAGUUCUUCCCCAGAACAAGGGAAGGAUUGGCGUGGUUCUCCUGAAGCGUGACAUGCUGAAGUUGAGAAGCGCCGGCGAGAUGUUUGGAUUUGUCUGA